AUGGGCGUCGUUAAGUUGAAGUCAACCACCCAUAACGACUUUCACUUCUCUGUACUCUAUCGGCCAAUCAACAUGUUGGGAAGGACCCUUACCCUUUGGGCAUACAUCUUUGGGAUAGCCCAUGCUGUUUCUCGCACCACCCCUCCCUUAGGUGCCAAGAUUGUGUCUAAAUCUGGAGCUUUCUAUUCAUCUCUGCAACAAGCUAUUGACUCGAUUGAUCCCGCAUCGACCGAUACCACAACAAUCUUUAUUCAGCCAGGCAACUACACGGGUCAGACAGUCAUAAACUCGGGAUUUCUCGGCAAGAUAUCCAUUUACGGAUAUACAAAUGACGAUCAGACCUUUGCGGCUAAUGAGGUCGUACUCUCUGCUGGUGCAUCUUCGGCCUCGUCUGGCGGCAACGAACAGAGUGGCACCUUGCGUAUACGGUCCGAUAAUGUCUCUGUAUAUAAUGUUCUCCUCGAAAACACAGCCGGCGAUGCUGGUCCUUCCCAUGCCGUCUCUAUAAACAAUGACAAGAUUGGCUUCUACGGAGUCGCCUUUACAGGAUGGCAGGACACUCUUUACGGGAGAAAUGGGCGAGCGGUUUUCAAGAACUCAUACGUCGACGGCGCUGUCGACUUUAUAUACGGCGGCGGAAGUUUGUGGUUUGAUACAUCCGAGAUUGCCGUCAAGAGAGCUGCAGGCGGUUACAUCACAGCAUCGGGCCGAACCUCUAAUGACUCUGGGUGGUUUGUUAUUAACAAUUCAAGGAUCACUUCUGCAGCGGGAGUAAACGUGAAACCGGGAAGCGUUUUCCUGGGCCGGCCUUGGCGUGAUCAUGCACGUGUCGUCUUCCAACACUCCAACCUUAGCGACAUUAUUCAUCCACAGGGGUGGAACCCUUGGGACAAGGCUCCUAACUUCGGGAAUAUAUUUUAUGGAGAAUACGGUAACUUCGGCCCUGGCGCGGAGACGGCUCGCCGAGUGGAAUGGAGUCAUCAGCUCGAAGAAUCUGUCAGCAUUGAUGAAGCUGUCAAGGAUUGGGAACAAUUUGUCGACAUUCAGUAUUGGAACGGCGCGGGGGAGAACUGCGAAUCUAACCUCAAUGAUCCUUGUGGCGGUAUUGGUUUCGACGGCUGUAUGAAGUGCGCAGCUGGGUCGAUCUGUAAAUACUGGAAUGAUUGGUAUUCUCAAUGCGUGAAGCUUUGA